UGCUUGCUUUGUUUUGUUUUGGUAGUAGGAGUUGGGGAGACGAGAGGGAGCAACCGGGCAGAGGUCCGGCCGGGGCAGACCCGCUCGCUAAAUGGGGAGAGCUAAAUCGGGGAUGGAAGAUGACGGACCGAUAACUGACGCCUGUAAGAUGCCGAGUUUUAUCAGCAGUUUCGAAGAGGGGAGGGCGAAACUGUCCCGCAACCUGCCGACAGAAACUUCCCUCACAGAAGGUAAAGUUGAGCGGCCGGUGGGGGACUUGAAUCGACGUGUCACCCAGUCAAACUCCCGGUUAUCACUCGACGGAGGCGACUGGGACUCGGAGGAGAGGAGCGACUCGGAGGAGAGAGAUGCGGAGGGCAACAACAACAACAACUGCAACGGUGGAGGAAGAGCGGGGAGGAGGGCGAGCGCUGUCGACAUUUUGAGGAGGAAUUUCGGGGAUUCUAAAUUAAACUCCUUCCAUUUUAGUAUACAUAGUCGGAUGCAUUGUGGGGUAGAACAUGAAACAAAUGAAGGAAGCGUUAAUGAUGACGUUACGGACGUAUAUGGAGCUGAAUGUGGCGAGUGUACAAAGUCGGACAGAGAAACAGGCGCACCAGAAACUAAAAACGAGCCAACCUUAAGCGACUCUACGACUUCGGAUGUUAAGGGAGUUGAAAUUUUAACCGAUACAGAUCAGUGCCAUCAUAUAUGUGACAAUGACGUCAGCACAUCAACUUUAGACGAGUCUUUUAAAGCCAAAGAGCACGUCUACUGCACUGUUUACUGCAUCGCUAAUGACCGUCAUCGAACAGACACUGAAAUCACAGUCCGCCACGAUGAUACGGUCACAUCUGACGCUACAGAAAUUGAUGUGGAGACGGGACAGGUGGUGGGCACGAGCCUCGAACCUGCGCUGUACUCUUUGGACGACCUGGUGGAUCCGUUCGCGGACAUCUCCCACCAGCUGUACAGAGAGCAGGCCGGUACAGAGAGCGAGAUGCAGAGCUGCCGGGUGUGCCUGGAGGAGAAAACCAUCGCAUCCCUGCCCUGCUGCAGAAAGGCCGUGUGUGAUGAGUGUCUGAAACUCUACGUCAGCUCCCAGUUGAGGGUGGGCAAAGCUCUCAUUAGCUGUCCGAUCCCGGAGUGUAGUGGCACCCUGGAGGAGGGAUUGGUCAUUUCCCAUCUAACCAAUGAAGAGGCGGCAAAGUACCAUUACUUUUUGGAGCUGAGUCAGCUGGACUCGAGCACCAAGCCAUGUCCCCAGUGCAGCCAGUUCACCUCUCUGAAGACACACAACCAGAACCGCUCCGAGCACAAGUACAAGAUCCAGUGUAGCAAUUGCCAGUUUCUGUGGUGCUUUAAAUGCCACGCGCCCUGGCACAACGGAGUCAAAUGUCGUGACUACAGGAAAGGAGACAAGCUGUUACGAACCUGGGCGAGUGUCAUUGAGCAUGGACAAAGAAAUGCCCAGAAAUGUCCACAGUGCAAGAUCCAUAUUCAGCGCACAGAAGGCUGCGAUCACAUGACCUGUACGCAGUGUAACACUAACUUCUGUUACCGCUGUGGAGAGCGCUACCGACACCUGAGAUUUUUUGGGGACCAUACGUCCAACCUCAGUGUGUUUGGCUGCAAGUAUCGCUAUCUCCCUGAUAAACCUCACCUCAGAAGGCUAGUUAGAGGAUCUGUCUGUGCCACUAAGGUGUUGAUAGCUCCGCUGGUCCUUCUGCUGGUCAUAGUGCUUGGAGCUUUGGCACUGGUCAUAGGUUUAGUUGUUUUCCCGGUCUACUAUGUAUGCAAAAGGAGGAAGAAGCAGCAGCGCACCCGAGGCUCAGGACGAUGGAUCUGACUUUUGCCCUCUUCUACACCCAGACCACCUGCACUCAGCUUAAAAAAGGACAACCACAUUUCCUCAGGGACAGACAUGCCAUCCUGAGACACAAGAAAACUCCCAAAACCAAUUUCAUGGAAUGAACACUGGCAGUUAAGAGAGGACCUUUCUGGAGGAUGGAAGUACAUAAAGAUUAAGUGAGGAAUAAAUAAUUGCACCUCAUCAGAUCUGGAUUAUUUAUUUAUCAGGACCCUGGAUAUUGAAGCAGAAAAGGAAUCCAAUCUUAUUUGUUUAAGUUUAACUCUGAAGCAACCACUGUCUUGUACAGCACUCGUUACAUAGUAAAAAGUGAAAUUAUGAAUCCCUUAAACUUUACAUUAUUCUGCUGUAGAAGACUAACUGUUGGUCUUGGACACUGCAGGUUUUUGCUUCGUCACACAAUUAAGAACUGGACAAUAAAUCCACACCAAAAGAUGCAAUUUUGUUUACUUUCAAGGAAAGCACUAGCACUGCUCAGCAUUGGCUAGAUGCUGUGGGAAGCUCCAAGAGUGUUUGAUAAAUGGAUUUCUGAGGAUCUCGGGCUGCUGGAAAAGCUGGACAAUAAUGGGUGAGAAAAUGAACAUUUUUCUCUUUUGCUGGAAAAAGUGAUCAGUAGACACCAAAAUUUGAAAUAAGCCAUUGAGGAAACAUGUUCUCACUAUUGUGGUGGGGAGAAAAAAGCAGAACAUUGAUAUGGUUAAUUUUUUCCUGGUGGAGAUUCCAUUUUGGUCAACUAUGGAAAAUUUCCAUUGCAAUUUGAGUCAUGCAGCAGGGAAAAUGAUGUCAAAGGAAGGGUGAAACUUGACAACUGUAGACUAACCUGGAUCUCAAAUUCUUGCUAGAAGGUCUGAAAACUGGGUGUGUACCCAACCCUAAGAGAGACACUUAGUUUUUAAGACCGUACACACACAAGCACACAAUUUCAACCUACUGCCGCCUCAACAAAAUGAAACUUUGGAUGAAGCACCAAGUGAAUUCUAUCAAAGCUCCCUUUGUUUUCUGUUGUGGUUCUCCAUAAGCUCCUCUUUUUAUCUAUUCCUGUGGCUGAGUUAAAGGUAGCUCCCCACACUCUUCCUGCAUGGUAUGCUGCAUAUGUUCGGCCCACAUGCUGCAUGCCUGGGUCUGCACCAUCAGGAAAAAUACAAACAGGCAGUUUGAUAGGCAGUUGACCUAUUGUGCUUUAGGAAUUGACGUUUGCAGAGGUUUGGUUUAUCUGUGUUGUAAAGUCUGCUGCUGAGAUUUUAAGAAGCGCAAAAUAUUAGUGAAAAUACAGUAGAGGUUGAAAAAUAUACUGAAGAUCUAUCAAAUUGUUUAUUUUUAUUGAUGUGCCGUCUGGGCAGUGAUUCACCAAAGAGUUAAACAGGGUUUUUUUGUAGAUUUUUUUAUUUUAAUUUUAUUUGUUUUUUACAAUCUCUUUGCUUUACAUUGAAGAUGUGCUCCAUUAUAUUUGGAUUAGAAUUAUAAUGAGAUCAGGUUUGGGGGUUUUUAAGAACUGAUGCAGAGAGUUUGGUUUUAAUUUUAACACACAGAUACUUGUUUGGCACAUGAGAGUGAAAGAUGUGGAGCGCUGCCAGGAAACGAGAUUUUCAAGAGCUUUAAAGGUGGCCACCUGCUUGUUGUCAGCUGACUCUCUUUCUAUCAUCUUGUCUUUCCUCUCUGCUUUUAGUCUUUCUUUUUGGUGUACUUUUGGUUGGCUUUUGACUGUCAUUUCACAUUUUUUUGUCCGGUCUGCUCACUGAUGUGUGAGUGGACUCUGACCUCAGCUUUGAGUGUAGGUGGACGGAUGGAUGAUCACACAGCAAAAAGUGGGUGCACCUCCACUGUAGCUGGAAAAGACACCCAAACUGAAUGCUCUUCAGCUCUUGAUAUGCUAAAAUAACACAAAGCUGCCAGGUUUCCAAAUCAGUUACAGAAUUUUCAUUUUUGUUUUUUUUUUUUUGUUUUUUUUUUUGUUGUUGUUUUUUGCUUUAGCACUCCCUAAUGAGAGGUUUACAUUUCAAUAGAGAAGAAAGACAAAAUGUAUGUUACACUACAAUGAUAAAAAAAAAAGAAGUUGGUGUCAGUGCAUCUGUAAGUGUGUAGUUGUCAUCAGUGGGAUAAAUGUUACAUCACUUUUCAUCACUGAAACUUCACUAAAGGAUUAACAUCGUGAAGGAAAAGCAGAACUGAUGUGCGUGUCUGUGCAUUGGCACUGCACAGCCAUUAGCUCCGCUUUAUUCCAGUGAAACUGAGAUUUUCUCUAUCUGGGAGUUAAUAAAUACCAAGUAUGUGCAAGCUUCGUAAAGUAGACUGAAAAUAUAUUGUUACACCCUGAUUUCCCUGGUUAUAAGAGGUCCUGUCUCUGGGUUGAACCUGUUCUCAGGGAGUUUGUUUUCUGUUCACUGUACCCAGAGCCCUCCAUCUGUGCCAAAGAAAUCGCUGAACAGCACCACAGAUUUAUCACGCUUCCUCAUACGUUUGCCUGCAGCUGCCUAGCAACUGUAUUGAGUUCCAGGAAGCAAGAGCACUGUAAUGUCAAGAGAGAUCAAACUGUCUUGGUGUUACUGACACUGUAUGUGUUUCUCUGUCUGACUCAGCUGGACUGUGAGCGCUGUGUAAGGGUCAAGGAUUAAAUCAAAGAAAAGACUGGAUAUGUCUGUAAGUCAGCACUGGGCAACUGAAUGUUUAAGUGAUGGGUCAAAUGAAAGACUGAAAGGGUCUGCUUAACUGUAGUUCACAUGUAUCACUUGCGCACAUUUUAUCUGCUCAGCUGCAACUACACUGACAUGUUUUACUGCUGCUUUUUAUUGACAGAGUAUAUGGUGGAAGUUUGAUCUUUUAACUGUCCCAAUCAAAGUAGAAUUGCUUUUAUUUACUAGGGUCUUUUAGCAACUUAUUUCCAUGACAUUUUGCCAAAAUAUGUACCAUAUAGGUAGACUGUCUCAUCAAAAACUAAGCCAGAAAAUGUGAAAAAAAAGGGGCAAUCUUAAUAAUUUUACAAGACAUAUUAAGUUGUCAUUAAUAUUUGGGGAAAGCAAACAACUUCUUUGUAUAAUGUUUUAAACUCUGACUCAGAAACUGCAAUUUAGGAAUUUGUUUAGCUUGGUUUUGUAUUUGUAAAUGCAAACUAAUCAGAUUUACUUUCACAUUGGCCAAAAUGAAUGGUGCCUUUACAUCCUUUUAAUUCAGGGCCCCUGCAAGAUUACGAUAGGGGAUAAAUCUGUCUUAGUCUGCGCUUCCUUUGUAUGCAUCACAUUGCAUAAGUUAUAAUUAUAACACCCUCAACGUGAGACAAAAUUGUAUGAAACUACUGUUAAAUAAUCUGAGGACCUCUUUACUGACUACAUAGCAAUAUAUGCAGUCAUUUCAGGUUUCCUUACUUUCCUUACAUCUUGAGUUGAAGUACUGUGUCUAGGGUGUUAGCUGAAUCCCAAAUACUGUUGUAUUUUUGCACAUGUGGAAGAGUCACUUUAUUUUGGCUCAUGUUAUUCGCUCUCUUGAAUUAAAAUGAAGGAGCAGAUAUUAUCAACAUUAUAUUGACAUGAAUAUAGCAGACAUUGGAUCCAGGCUCUUUCUGUAAACAAGGUGAUAAUGUAGUUUUCAGUAAAUCUGAUGUUUGGGUCUGAUAGUGCAUGAGUGGUUUAUUUCUACUCAGAAGACUCAAGUGUUGGUAUUGUAGUUCAGAGGUUAUUGCCAGUCAUAUCAGGUUGUUGUUUUUCCUUCUCCAGACAUGUAGGCCUAGACUUGUUGGAU